AUGGCAGAUCUACCCAAGGAUCGAGUCGACGGCUAUCGGGUCUUUGGAGUGACUGGAGUCGACUUUUGCGGACCCUUCUUUUACAAGCCUGAGUCACGAAACAAGGCGCCUGUGAAAUGCUACGUUUGUGUGUUUAUUUGUUUUGCUACGAAGGCUAUUUGGUUGGAGUUAGUCAAGGAUUUAACUACCGCGGCAUUUUUGCAUGCACUUCAACGUUUCAUAUGCACCAGAGGAAAGCCAAGUCAAAUCUGGUCGGAUAACGCCACAAACUUUCUUGGUGCCCGCAAUCAGCUUCAGGAGUUGAAGCGUCUAUUUCUGUCAGACACCCACCAGAAGGCUGUGAAGGAUUUCUGUUUGGCAGACUCAAUCGAAUGGCAUUUCAUCCCUCCACGAUCACCUCACUUUGGUGGCUUGUGGGAGGCUGCAGUGAAGACAGCGAAGCAUCAUUUUUACCGAUGUGUUGGGUCCUCCGUCCUAACUUACGAUGAGCUUCGCACACUGGUUUGCAACAUCGCUGCUGUCGUUAAUUCACGCCCUUUAGUUUCGAUUUCAGAGCACCCAUCAGACAUAGACGUGUUGACUCCUGCGCAUUUCAUCAACGGUGGCCCUCCUUCGUCCUUCAGUGAGCCAAACCUGACAGGGCUCAAUUUUAAUCGUUUGGAUGCUUGGCAGCGCGUAAGCUAUCUCCAGCAGGUGUUCUGGACUCGUUGGCGGGACGAAUAUCUCAACUUGUUACAACAGCGAGCGAAAUGGAGAACUUCCAAACCUGGCUUGGCUGUUGGCAACAUAGUUCUUGUGAAGGAUGAGAAUCUACCUUCACUUAAGUGGCCACUAGCCAGAAUAAUCGAACUUAUCCCUGGAAGUGAUGGCGUUGCACGGGUAGCCCUACUAAAAACAGAAGCUGGCGAGAUAAGAAGAGCUACAAAUAAGCUGUGCUUGCUGCCCCUUAAGGAUUCUGUUGAAGACUAA